AUAUAAAGUCCUCAUAAAUGACACACACACACACACACACAGAAUGAUGUUAGCGCGCUGUCUGCGGUCUCCAGCUCCUCGCGGGCUCCUCAGAGUCGCAGGCUUCCGCUCGUCUUUACAGCAGAAGGACACACAACAACUCACAACAGCAGCAGCAGAACACACCGCUACACACGCGGAGCUCCAGACACACACAGCACGAGGGUUUGACGUGGGUCUGCUGGUGUCGGCCCUGAGGCAGGAGAACGCUUCUGACAUCUGUGUCAUCAGGGUCUCACCUGAGCUCAGGUACACCGAUCACAUGAUCAUCGUGAGCGGAUCGUCCCCGCGACACCUCAGCGCCAUGGCAGAGAGCGUGCUCAAAGCGUUUAAGUUCCUGCGUAAGAACGAGGAGCGGCACGUUCGGCUGGAGGGCAGAGACUGCGACGACUGGAAGUGCAUCGACUUCGGAUCCAUGGUGCUUCACCUCAUGCUGUCGGACACCAGAGACACGUAUGAGCUGGAGAAGCUCUGGACACUGCGCUCGCAUGACGAACAGCUCCAGCGCACGCCAGAACACACACUCCCCGCAGACUUCAUCCUCGACAUGAAGAACAACUGACCCCAGAACACACACUUCAUCCUCGACAUGAAGAACAACCGACCCCAGAACACACACUUCAUCCUCGACAUGAAGAACAACUGA